UUUUCGUAAUAAUAAAUUAUUUGUUAACCUAUUUGGUUAACUGAUACAAUAUACUUGAUGAUCAGUACAUAAACGCCUAACUGAAUUUGAUCUUAUUGUCACUCAACUAUAUAAUAGAUCAUUUAUUAAUUAAAUAAUACAUAUUUUUGUUUUUUGACAGCGUAUUUCACGUAACAAGUAUUUAUUUUUUACGCAUCAAUCAUUAAGUCAUCUAAAUUUGUAGUUUUGUAAAAAACUCCAUGUAUGAUAAAUUACGUCAUUUUUGCGCCAACGGCAUAAAAAGUACGGGCCCUGCGUAUAAAAUAUGAUUAAAUUUAAUCAGAUGGCAGAGCGCUGGAUUAUCGAUCCAGAGGCCGUGAGUUCAAGUCUCACUCAAGACAGUAAUUUUUCCAUUUUUAAAUUUAUUCUAAGCUUAAUAGCAUCGUUCGCAGACGUUUCUGCUUGUUAAAAAUUAAUUUGAACUAUGAUUGUUUUAUAUUCUAAAAUAUUCCCGCUCAAUUUUUUCUACGUCUGGGCAGACUGGAAGACGAACACCAAGAAAAAGGCCUUCUUAAUAAGAAAGAGAAGCGGGACAAUCGGGGCCCGCGGCAGACUGACGCUCACCGCCUACGAGAGGCGCGUGCUGGCCGUCAUGCGGCCGGCCGCUAGCAGAAUAGUAUUUCUGCCGUAUACCAGUGAUCCUACUGCGAAUAGUUGUGUACCCAAUCCUCCUAUGGCAAGCGAACGUCUUUCUCCUGCGACUAGUCAUCCUCCUGCAAGCAGUCCUACUACAAACCGUCGCUUAUGUCUAACCCUUACCCGAGCGCUCAACAACUUCGUAACGAUCCAACACCGGCGCCUUAAGUUAGAAGAGACACGAGAGAGGAACUUACACGAGCGGGAGAGAGAAAGGCUGAAACUGGAAAGGGAGAGAGUGAGAGUGGAGAGGGAGACGGUAGAUGUGUUCCGUCGCCUGGCUGACACGGCGCAGGACUUGCUGGCUCACGUCACCGGGGGCAGCCACAACCAUGCACAUAUAAAGAUAAAAAGAUAA